CUAUCGAUCCCCGCUUGAUAAAACGACGCAGGGGAGCCGGCAAAAGGGGCGCCCUUCUGAGGCGCCCACCGCCUUGGUUUCUGGCGGUUUGGGGCGCCCAAAAAGGGACGCCCAAAACGCAGCACUCCGAAAAAGACAGCGAAUCCGCAUAAUAUGGGCCUCAUUUUGGCCUACAUUCGGGCCUCGCAAAAUACGCCACCAAAAUCCGCCACUUCAGAGGCGGACUGAAGGCCAGAAGAUGCAGCAUUUUGCCAAACAAAAACAAAAAAAGAAAGCCCGCCAAAAGCAAAAAGCCAAUCCGCAUG